UCGAUCAAAUUUCAAAUGGAUCAUAUUAUUGUUCAUUUUUUUAUGGAUUUCAUCCAUACAUUGUUCAAUCAUUUCAGAUCAACAACGAUCAUCUGAUGAAGAUUUUAAUGAAGAAUCAAAUGUUGAUGAUGAUGAUGAUAGUGAUCAUCUUUAUUCCACCAUCAAUUGUAAAGUUGGUGAUAAAUACAAUUAUGUAAUGGCAACACAAAGUAGCCUUUUUGCCAAUGAAGAUGAUGGUGAUCAUCGACAACAAAUUCAAAUAAAAACCGGUUUAGAAUUGAAAUGUUUACAAAAAAUCAAUUGGUUAAAUCGUACUGAUGGCCACUUGAAACCGGGACAAAUAUUUGAAGUUAUGAUCAGUAAAAUGCAACCAAUUCGUAUAAAAAAUCAACAAAAUAAUUCCCAAAAUAGUGGGCAAACAUCACUGCAGAUGGCGUCAUUGUUUCAAACAUUGAAAAAUUUAGAUAAAAUGAUGAUGACCGAUAAUAAAAAUGAAACAAAAAUACCAAAUUUAAAGAUUGGUGCUGUAAAUGGAUUUUUCAGUGAAUUCAGUAAAAAUUUCGCCGAUUGGUUCAUGGAUUUAUUGAGGAAAUUAUUUGGCUUUAUGCAAUCAUUAAUGUCAAAAAAACGUCAAAAACAACAAACACCAGUACCAGUAAAAAAUAUUUUCAAAUGUGAUGCUGAUGAUAAUGUUGAUGCAAAAAAACCAACAACCACUACUAGUACUACUACCACCACCACCACAUCAUCAAGUCGACAUCGUAAACGACAAAAUCCAAUGGUUCAUAGAUCAAAUAAUGAUGAUGAACCAGUGAAUUUGGAACAAUUUACAGAAAAUUAUAGCGAAAUGUAUGGUAGACCAUUUCGUUUUAUACAAUUAUCGGAUGGAUCCAUACAAAACAUACGAUUAUCCGACGAGGAUCAGGAUCCAAAUGUUAGACAAUUUAAAAAGUUUAUUGCACGUUCAUUCGCCACACAGCUAGAUGAACGUAAAAAACGUACCGUUGAAGAAAGUGAUUUAGGUUUACAUUAUUGUAAUUAUCAAAUGGAAUUUGAUAAUGAAGAAAUGUCCGGCGGCAAUAACAGUGAACCACAAAACUAUUUGAAUCGGUCAUCCGUAGAACAACAACGGCAGCGACUUUCAAAACGAUCAUCAUCGUCAUCAUUCCGAGAUGAUCAUGAAUCUGAACAUAUUGUUUCAGUGAUAAGACAAUUUAAAACAGAUGAUAUUAUCAUUAAACGAAGACAACAGCAGCAGCAACAAGGACCAGGAUUUCGUUCAGAAGAUUUGAAAUCAUCAGAAUCGAUUAUGAAAAAUCUGGAUUUUAAUGUACAAGAAGUACAACUUAUUCGUGGCAAUAUGGUUGUUGCAUCAGGUGGAUAUUUUCAAGGUUUUAUACCGACAUCAUCAUCAACGACAGAAUGGACGAUGAAAAAUAAUGAUCGUACAAAACGUUCAACACAAAAAACAAUCGAUGAACAUGUUAUUGAUAGAUUUUUACGUGAACAUCUGGAUUUAAAUAUGCAAUAUUCAAUGGUGAAACUAAAUACUGAUGAUGAUACCAAACAACAACGGAAACAAAGAAAUCGUCGUUCAAUAAAUGGAAUGGCGACAGAAUCAGAAACAGCAGAUGAUCCAUCAUUAUCCACAACAAUAAUUAAUUAUGGUGACAAAAUUGUCAAACACUUUGAACGACAACAACAACAACAACAACAACGAUCAAAACGUGAAACUAAUGAUCAACAGCCACCAGAGCCACAGCCAAAUCAAUCAAAUUCCAAUGAAAAUAAUGUCAUUUGUCGUCAAUAUCAACCUGAAUCAUCAUCAAAUUGGAUGAAAUGGAAAAAAAUACAAGAAUUGAUUAAAUCGAAUGAUGAAGAUAAUGAAAUUGAUAGCGGUAAAGUUAUUAUCAAUGAUAAUGAAAAUGAAAAUGAUGUACAAGCAAAUCAUCAUCAAGAAUGCUAUGAACAUAAAACAUUUGGAUCUGAUUAUAUUGGUGCACAUUUUAAUCGUAGUAUCAUAACAAAAACAUUGGAAAAUGAUGAAAAAGAAAUUGAAACCAGAUUUUAUACUGCUGCACGUUUGUUUAAUUUUGAUUUUAUGUCCGGUAGAAUGGAUAUACGUAGAAAAAAAGAUACAGCCAACAAUAAUGAUGCUGUACAAUUGACAUUGAAUCUAAUGGGUGCAGAAUAUGAAAAUCUAAACAUUUGUGAUAUACGUAAUAAACAUUUCAGCCAUUCGGGAUUAUUACCACUGUAUUUGGAUAAGAUUUGGUUCAACACCAAAAUCGAACUGGCAAUGCGUUAUAAAUUAACAUUGAAAUUAGAUUUACCAUUUUUGAAUUGUGAAAAUCAACCAACAAACACGGAAAUUUUAAAACGUGCUAUGGCCGAUAAAUUACAAUUGAAACAAAUUUCUCGUAUGGAAUAUUCAUUGAUUACUAAAGCUAAUUUUAUGGUCAUUAAUACUGAAAUGGCAUUGAAUGUCGAUUUUGAUGUGAAUUCAUUGGUCGAUUUUGCUGACGAUUGUUUAGGAGCCAAAACGGAUGCCAGACCAUUGAAUGUUAAUGUCAAAUUUAUCUAUGAGUUCUUUAAUCCUAUCUGUGAUAAAUGGAUGAUGGAUAGUUGGAAACCGAAACCAUUGUCUUGGAAAUUGGGCAAGGAUUAUCGCCAAUCAUGGUCACCAAAUAAUUGUACUGCUGCUGCUGAUGCUGAUGCUGUUCGUGUUUGAAAAAUGAUAAAGAAGAUAAUAGCAACAACAACCAUCUCUCUUUCUGGUGGUUUGAAUUUGUUAUUUUUUAAGCAAAAAAAAAAUGUUGCCAGAAAAAUUUGACAACAACAAUUUUAAACAGAUCAAGACCUAAAACAACAACAACAACAACAAUUGACUGGAGCUUUUUUCUCAGCUACACACUUGAUUUGGAUCAAUUUUUCAUUUUUUUUUCUUCUUGAACAAAAAAAAAUUCAAACGAAAAAAAAACAGACAAAAUAAACUUUGACUUUUUUUUAUUAAGCACUGGAAAAAAAUUGAUAAAAUUUUGAAUUACAUGAGAAAACUUCUAGGAAAGUAUUUUUCCGGAAAAAUUUUUCUUCAUAAACCCAUUCGGUUUUUUGUUCCACGAGAAAUAAAUUCUAUAUGACACUUGAA